GCCGAGGGCCCGGCGGGGCCGGCGCACAGCGUCUGCAUGGUGUCGGACUUCUUCUACCCCAACAUGGGGGGCGUGGAGAGCCACGUGUACCAGCUGUCGCAGUGCCUCAUCGAGCGCGGCCACAAGGUCCUGGUGGUCACCCACGCCUACGGCCAGCGGAAGGGCGUCCGCUACCUCACCAACGGGCUGAAGGUCUACUACCUGCCCCUGAAGGUAAUGUAUAACCAGUCCACGGCGACGACGAUCUUUCACAGCCUGCCCUUGCUCUUCCACAGCCUGCCCUUGCUCAGGUACAUAUUUGUGCGGGAGAGGGUCACCAUCGUCCACGCCCACAGCUCCUUCUCGGCCAUGGCCCACGACGCCCUCUUCCACGCCAAGACCAUGGGGCUGCGGACGGUCUUCACGGACCACUCCCUCUUCGGGUUUGCAGACGUCAGCUCGGUGCUCACCAACAAACUUCUGACGGUGUCACUGUGCGAUACCAACCACAUCAUCUGUGUCUCCUACACAAGCAAGGAAAACACGGUGCUGCGGGCCGCUCUGGACCCUCGGAUAGUCUCCGUCAUCCCCAACGCCGUCGAUCCCACCGACUUCACUCCAGACCCGUCAAGGAGGGAUGACAGUACGAUAACAAUUGUUGUUGUCAGCAGACUUGUUUACAGAAAAGGUAUAGAUUUGCUUAGUGGUAUAAUUCCUGAGCUCUGUCAGAAGUACCCGGAGUUACAUUUCUUGGUUGGAGGAGAAGGACCAAAACGAAUCGUACUGGAAGAAGUCCGGGAAAGAUACCAGCUGCAUGACAGGGUACGUCUCCUAGGAGCUUUGGAACACCAGGAUGUUAGAAAUGUUCUAGUCCAGGGGCACAUUUUUCUCAACACUUCUCUCACUGAGGCCUUUUGUAUGGCAAUUGUGGAAGCAGCAAGCUGUGGUUUACAGGUGGUGAGUACAAGAGUUGGUGGGAUUCCUGAGGUGCUCCCAGAAAAUCUCAUUAUUUUAUGUGAACCCUCAGUGAAAUCUUUGUGUGAUGGAUUAGAAAAAGCUAUUGCCCAGCUCAGAUCGGGAGUACUGCCAUCUCCAGAAACUGUUCAUAGUAAAGUAAAGACAUUUUAUACGUGGAGGAAUGUAGCAGAGAGAACUGAGAAAGUGUAUGACAGGGUUGCAGAUGAAGUGGUUUUGCCAAUGAAUGAGCGACUUAACAGACUGAUGUCUCACUGUGGCCCAGUGACUGGGUAUAUUUUUGCUCUUUUUGCAGUUCUAAACUUCCUUUUUUUGGCGUUUCUGAGGUGGAUGACUCCAGAUUCCAUUAUUGAUAUUGCAGUAGACGCCACAGGACCUAAGGGUGCAUGGACUAAACAUUAUUUUUGGGGAAAAAAAGGAAGAGCUAAAGAAGAACUUCCAAGCUCCUAAAAUGCUCAAAUGGCAAGGAAAUAA